GCGCGCCGGCAAGAUGGCGGCUGCAGGGGGUCAGUUGUCGUCCCUUCGCUGCUUCUGCUGUGUGUUGCUUUUCCUCUCACAGUUCUACAUCUUGCUGGGCGGUGAAAGUACCGAAAUCCCACCUUAUGUGACGAAGUGUCCAAGCAAUGGUUUGUGUAGCCGACUUCCGGCCGACUGUGUAGACUGCAAGACAAAUUUCUCCUGUGUCUAUGGGAAGCCUGUCACUUUUGACUGCACAGUCAAGCCUUCUGUUACCUGUGUUAAUGAAGAGUCCAGAUCCCAAAAGAACUUCAUCAUCAACAUGACUUGCAGAUUUUGCUGGCAGCUUCCAGAAACAGAUUACGAGUGUUCCAACUCCACCAGCUGCAUGACAGUGUCCUGUCCUCGGCAGCGGUAUGCUGCCAACUGCACAGUGCGGGACCACGUUCACUGCCUGGGUAACCGUACUUUUCCCAAAAUGCUGUACUGCAAUUGGACUGGAGGUUAUAAAUGGUCUACUGCUCUGGCUCUAAGCAUCACCCUCGGUGGAUUUGGAGCUGACCGUUUCUACCUGGGCCAGUGGCGGGAGGGCCUCGGCAAGCUCUUCAGCUUUGGUGGCCUGGGAAUAUGGACGCUAAUAGAUGUGUUGCUAAUUGGAGUUGGCUACGUCGGUCCAGCAGAUGGUUCUUUGUACAUUUAACUGGUUAUGAUAUUCUUCAGGUAUGCUUCAGAGAGGAGCCGCUUAGAAAAAGUCCUUUUGCCUGUAGAAAGUAAUGUGACAUAUAGUGAUGUGUUUGUUUUUAAUGUACAGUAUCUGUACUUUGCCUGCCUUAAUCAAGGUGAAAUAAGUAAAAAGUCAUUGAACCAUGUUUAUUUGGAAUAUAUUUUUGCUUGCCUGAAAUAUUUUUUUUCUGUGAAAAAAUUUAAACUUGCUUAGUUAAACUAGAAGAACAGAUUCUGCAGUGAUUGAAAAUCCAUUUCAUGCCUGUGACUUUAGUUUUGUAUUGCUUAAGUCAAAAGUCUGUUACCUAUCUCUGGCCUGAAUGUAAUCUGCCUUGAAAAGGUCUUCAGCUAUGAUUUCAGAAAGUCCAAAGUGUUUUUAUUCUGUUAGCUAAAUAAAGUUAUCUACCUAAACUUCAGCCAUCUUUAAGUUCUGCAGUAUAAUAUCUACGUACUCUGGUCUUUAUCUGUAACUGUUUCAAGUAAGCUGUAGAACUUCUGUGUCUCGAUGCUGUGGUUUGAGUUUUGUUAGUAAUAUAAAUAGUUGUACAAGUACUGAAAAACUAAUAAAAUGACAAGUUACCUUAAGAAAUAUUGUAGGUCUGUAUUCUCUAUAUUUUCUAUAUUUAAAUAUUAUCUUGAAUAAUCAUAACAUCUUUAUUAAGUAUAAAGUUUAUUUUUCAGGGCAUUACACCAUUCCAACAGAAGUAGUCAUAACUGGCUGGUUUAUUGACACACAGUGAAAGUAUUAGAAAAAUGUAUCCUGCUGUCAAAAAUGUUUUUGAGUCUUUAUAAAUCUGUUGUACACCAUUUAUUAGAAAGAAACAGUUAUUAAUCCAAAGUGGGUUUUACUCAGUAUUUCUCUUGAAACAUUUAAAAAUAUUUAGCAUUUUUCCUUUCAAAUUUUGUAUCUGAGUAUUGUGUAUGUGUGGUAAAAUAUACAUAACAAAACAUUUGUCAUUUUAACCAUUUUUAAGUAUACAGUUCAGUGACAUUAAUUAUAUUCACCAAGUAGUGCAACUAUCACCACCAUCCAUUUUCAAAUGUUGUCAGCCUCCUAAGCAGAAUCCAAGUAUUAUUUUCUAAAUAUCUGCAUGUAUUAAAAACAAGAACACCGUUAACCAACCUAUCAGAUCUAGAAGCUGUAAAAUAUCUUUCAGGAAUAUCUCCAUAAAUUGCAUGGGCAGAAAACAUUUUCUUCAUGAAAUUAUUUAUUAAUUGGCGUUUACUUGAAAGGGGAAUUGAACGUGAGCACAGAAUCUUUUCUGAUGAGAGGUGUUGGUAUAGCUGAGUAACAUUUCCAGCUCUGGUCAUUAGGUGGCGCAUCCUCAUUAUAUGUGCUUCACCUUAUAUUUCAGAAACGGCCAAUCUUAAGCUGUUUUCUAGGAACUUGUCACAGAGCACAGGCAGUGCUU